GUGACCGUGCCGUUGAUGACUCGGUGAUGCUCACCGACGACGUGUCAAUGAGGACGAUGAAGGUGAUGAUCCCUGGACCGAUGAACACACGGAAGCUGCGGGAAGCUGUGGCCGACUGUGGGGCACAAGUCGUGAGAUCGUCAAAUGUGAACCAGGCCAAUGUGAUCAUACAACAAGACCCUACACGGCCAAAAACCUCGGCGAGCUUUGCAGCCUUCUUGUUUGGACUGUACAUUGCCAGUCCACGGUUCUUCCAUAGCAAAGGUACCAAAGGAAUGUUGGUUCCCUACCGGAAGGUUUGCAACUCACGAAGACGUUUGGCAUGGGUGUCCCGAGAAUUCCGUGCUUUGCACCCUGAUGCUGCUGGGUGGGUUGAUGCUGCACCUUCUCCAUGGAUUAUCAUGGCUGACAAAGACAAAUUUGUGGAGCGGGCAAGGAGAUACAAGGGACUCGGCUCCACAGCCACGGCCUUCGUCUCCACCAGAGAGCAGCAACAAGAUCCAGACCUCAAAAACAUUUUGUACAAGGUCACAGCCAAUGAUGCGAUGAAGCUGCCAGACCUUGGUGCCUUGAAAUGCAUUUGCGCUGAAUGUCACUGCGACACGGAAGGCUCCGAUACACUUAUGCUAGACCAAUUUGAAUCUGACGAGGAGAUGGUGGUUGAAGGCAACUGACUGCUGGUUCAACUUUUUGACCCAGUAAAUCCUGGUGCUAAUUAAACGACUACAUUGGGGACUUGCCGAUAGAAAA